AUGCGUUCUCGGACCUUGUUGCCAAGCUUGUGGACAAGCCCUUCGAACAACCUGGAAUGGUUCGCCAACUUGUGCAAGCUCUACGGCUCCCACCCGAUGGACAAUCUCAAGUACGCCAUCCCGAAGACGAACGACGAUAGCUUCUCGCGGAUUGCGCUGGACUUCUGCCAGGAACAUGCCGACACGGCGCAGGCGAGUACCGAGGACAAGGACAAGCUCUGGCAAGUCUUUCUCAACACGUGCUCGGCUCGCUUCGCCCCCCGAUGUGAUUGGUCUCGGCACAUGGACAUCGCCCACCUGGAGAUUCGCACGGACGAGGACCACGCCGCGUACUCGGAGCGCGCCCGCAGCCUGCUGGCCAACGUCAAUCCCGAGCUUCACGUGGUGUGCACGUACCUCGCCGGGUUCCACGACACGCGUCUGCAGCUCUUCAUCUCGGACAAGCAGCCCAAGACUCUGCACGACGCCAUCAUCCUCGUGGACCGUUACUUCUCCAUCGUGCGCAGCAAGCGCCGCCACGACACGGCCUCUUCCGACCUCAAGCGUAGCAAGCGCUUUCCACCACAACAACCGCCGCGCUCGCACCAGCCUCGCAUGAGGAACCGUCGUCCCAAACAGCAUCAGCUUCGCAAACUGCCACCGUGCAGUCGGUGCGGUCGCACCAACCAUGUCGUCAGUGAUUGCCAUGCUCGGCGUCACGUGAAUGGCAAACAGUUGGAUGGGCCAACGGCCACCAACACGGUGCGUGUCAACCCGACACAAGCCGGUGCUGAGCUGCAUGAUGCCUCGCACGUUCCUCCGCCUCCGCCUCCUCGACCUCUUCCACGAGUUGAUCCAGCUGAGUCUGUUUCGCAGCUCACUGAGUCCGUGAAGCAAAUUGGCAUCGUUGAGGACAUGCAAUUUGACGAGGAAGGCAGGCCGGUCACCGUUGUGUCCGUGAACGCUUGCACCCGCAACUCCUCUUUGAUUAGCACUAAUGUGCUCUUCUGUAACAAGAGGCUGCGAGCGCUUGUGGACACUGGGGCCGAGAGGUCAUUGUGUAAACUCAGCAACUUUUCUGAGACACGUCCCGGAGCUAAGCUUACGCUUGCUCUCGCGGAUGGCAGCACCAGCACCACCGAUCGUUACGCCACUGGCAAGAUCGAGUGGUGUGGCCAUGUCACCAGCAUGUGCCUGCCAGCAGUGAAAGAUCUCUCUGUGGAUCUCCUGCUCGAAGGAGGGCACCGCCCCAUUGAGAAACAACUCGACCCAGUUCUUCACUGGCCACUGCCCAAGACUGCUCACGAUUUGCGACAGUUUCUUGGCGCUGCAAACUACUACAAGAAAUACAUUCGCAAUUACUCCGACUAUGUGCAACCAUUGUUCAGACACACAAGUGGCACAAAGAAAAACUCGAAGAAGCGACUGUCAAACUGGACGCAGGAUGACUCGCGAAUCUUCAACAAUCUCAAGGCCACCAUGGCCAAGUUGCCCACGUUGUGUCCCACGCUCGACCUUGAUCCUACAGAGCCACUGGAUCUGUUUACAGACUCCUCCGACAAAGCAGUCGGCGCUGUUCUCCAGCACAAGGGUCGCCCCAUUGAGUUCUACUCCAGCACCCUUUCAGUGCAUGAGCGAAACUGGCCAAUCAGGCAGAAGGAGCUGUAUGCCGUCAUCAAAGCUCUGCAACAUUGGCGUUACCUUUGUAUCGGUCGCCCCAUCACUGUUUACACCGACCACAAGUCGCUCGAGCGAGUGUUGGCACAGAACAAGAUACAGGAAGCCCGCAUUCAGCGAUGGUCGCUCUUCCUCUCAGACUUCAACGUUACUUUCAAGUACAUUCCAGGCGACAAAAACGUCGUUGCGGAUGCACUCUCUCGCACCUGCAUGGUCAGGGAGCUGCUUGAAGACGAAACAGUCAACAUCCGCUGGUCUGACUACCUCAAAGACCCUUUCUGGGAGAAGAUCAUUCACGACCUCGCGUCCUUUCCACAGUACAAACGUGUUGGCGACCUACUCUAUCACAAGAACCGCAUCUGCGUGCCAUCUUCCAGUCAUAGAAGCGUAAUGGCCAUGGCGCAUGAUGGGCUGAGCAGUGGACAUCAAGGUGUUUCCAAGUCUCAGGCCCGCGCUGCGCGCGAAUUCUAUUGGCCGGGGAUGCACAGUGCGAUUCGAGAUUACACGGACUCCCCGAAGACAUCAUCUCCGACAGAGAUCCGCGGUUCACCGCAGCUCUGUUCGUGA